AUGCGAGCGUUCUCGAUUGGAGAGAAGGAGGCCCUUGCUGUCUCCAACUUGCAGGAGCGAAUCUCCCCGGAGGUUACCGCCGCGCUGCGAGCUGAAGUGCGGCCGCGUGGAAUGAGACGCUGGCUCUCCCAUGAGAUCCUGGCGAAGAACUUGUUCAACCGGGGCUUCAGCUCUGGUACAGGCUGCUGGGACGCCUGGAACGAGCAAUUGACAAAUGGGUCAGAUGAUGCGCUGGACCCUUGGAAUGUUGUUGUGGCAUUCGAAGCGCGGACGCAAAAGGAGGUAGAAGCCAAGGAGGCUGAGGCAGCGGCCCGCGUUGCGGAGGCCACAUUGGAGCACUUGAAGGUGAAGCUGAACAAGGACCUGGAGGUGCUACGCGCGCGCGUUUCAACCCCAGAGCACGAAGCGCACGAAGCGUUGAAGGACCAGGCUUACUUGAGGGACAGGAACGGGCAACAGUGGACCCGCGAUUGGUUGGAAACUCAUUGCAAGCUGAUCCCAGUCGACCAGAGCAUGAAUUCUGCAAUGCCCGAAAUUGGACGUUUCCUUAGCAGGGAUGGGCUGGCCAGCGGUGGGCUGGACAUUUUGACUAACACCUCGGUCACGUACAGCAAGCCAAACUCUGCAGGGAACGACAAACGCAAGCUUGCGCAGCAAGCCCUUUUCCUCACCACAGCCAACACGCAGAGCGAGAAUGUUUGGACCGCUUCCAGCGCAUGGGUUUCCCAGACACUGGGGCCUGUGCCCUUGAUCAAGAUUUCGGACAUGAUCGGCUAUGACAGCGACGUUCGCCCAACCCCUGGAGCUCGAACCGAACAGAUGAAGGGUGUGCCAGCUUUCAAUGAGAUCCUGAAGCAGAUUCUGCAAGAUGUAGAUGUGCUGGAGCAUGACAGGGUUGUGGUCCUGGAUGUGGUGCCAAACAAGUAUUGUGAAAUGGGGCGGGCUGUGGUGCAGCGCCUUCUUGUCGACAAGGUCCGAAAGCCUGUCGUGAAGUAUUGUGGGCUGCUGUUUGACAAGGAUGGCCAAGAUGCAACUACUAUGAUUGAGCAACAGGUCUAUGACCUUUGGGAUUCAAGUGGUGACGCUCCGCCGAAACGAAGGGAGCAUGAGGAAUUGCCUGCCCCUUCCUUGGAUGUUCUGUCUUGGUCGAACGGAGUAUGCCGAUUCCCGGACAGCUUGUUUGACAGGUUUGUGGCUGGCACAGCGCAGUACCAAGAGCUGAAAGCGUUCAAAGACGAGGUUGUGGCCCUCUAUCCUGAUGCAGCCAGCACUUCAGCUGUCGCUGGAAGCGGACCGCUUGCUGUUCCACGAGCGGGGGGGCGACCGGACUAUUCCAUUGAAGGGGGGAUGCGUCCUGUUGAUUUCACCCGAGAUGUUGACCCUCCAAUCAUCCGCGCGUCUGAUUUCCAUCAUACAAGGCCCGGAAUUGUGUUUUGUAGGUGA